AUGCUCCAAUGUAAUGUAUGCAGACUCGCAGCGAGAGAAGUAGACGGGGGAUUUGUCUGUGCAAAUGGGCAUAUUAUGAAAAAAGUCGAGGAAGUUGAGGAUAUCACGGGGAGAAAGGGCCCGAGCGGGUUGGUGACGAAGAAAAAGCGCAGAUACCGGCUGAGAGACGAUAUUUCCACGCUUACUCCGCGGGAUUUGUGUGCUCUCCUGGGGCUGCGGUACUUAGCAGGCCUUCUUGCAGAGUUCUCCAUCCCGAAGUUGGCCUUCCACCGGUACAAGGAGAUGUACUACUCCUUCACGCACGGGGUUUCUUCUGCGAGUGAGAGAAACCUUGCGAUGCAGUACAAGGAAAUUGCAGAUGUUUUUACGUUUCUCGUGAAGCGGGACUUGGAGGAGAAGGGGGGAAACCUCUUCACGGUGUACGACUUCCUGAGGAAAUUCGACGGGAAAGACUGCAUGUUCUCGCACUUUCUUAUGCACAGGAUGCGGCUCAGGAAGGCGUAUAUGAUAAACAUCCCGCUGAGCAAUCACCCGCACAAAAUAACGACGCAAAGCAUCGUUAACCUCCUGCAGAAAACCUUCCCAAACCGCCCGGAGUACUUCAGCAGUGUUUUUGGCGUGUUCAAUGACGCUGCCCUCCAGAAAAUGUGCACUCUUCUCGGGGUGACAAAGACGAAGAGUGUGACGGAAGGAUUCCUGCGCUUUAAAGAGGCCCUCGUGCAAAUACGCUUCUGCGAGACCAGUAAGAACCUGAUUUUCAGCGAGUCUCUUCUGGGGGCGUAUCUCUACCUGUACUUCGCGGAGGGGUGCAUCAUAUGCAGUGUGGGAGGACAUCUCGUGAUCCUCGAGAAAAGCACCGUCUUCCGGAAGGAGAGAACCACGCGGCAGGACUUCUUCUGCCGGGAGUCAAACAUUGCGAACCUGAAGCAGAUGAAUCUGCAGGUAACAGCCGCCCAGGACACGGAUGGGUGGAGUGCGCCCGUCCUGGACCCUGCAGAGUUCCCAGCCCCGGAGUUCGAGGAGAGUGCAGAGAGUAGCUGCACGGACUGGAUUUCUGCGAAAGUGAUGAAAAACAUCGCUGUUGCUGCAGGUGGAUCUGCUGACUCAAUAGAGCACGUUGUUAGAAGUGUUUUGGCCGUGUACAGAAAUGUUAUUUCCAAAAUAUCCCCUGCCUUGUAG